AGAGCGCCGUUUAGCGCUCGUUCAUACGUGAGCACAGUUCAGCUUCUCGCGUUUUAUUAUUAAUUUACUUAUUGUCGACAUAUAUAAGAAGUUAUAUGGUAAAAUACUUUAUUAAGGGGUAGGUAAAUCACGUCACUUUGCUUCGGUUGAGUAGAAGAAGCGUCUUUGCAGGGUUUACCAGAAGCGUUGUUUCCAGCAUGGCGGAUGGAGAGGGUUUUGUGGUGAGAGUCAGAGGUUUGCCGUGGUCCUGUUCUGUUGAUGAAGUUCAGAGGUUUUUCUCAGAGUGCAAAAUUGCAAACAAUGGGACAAGCAUACACUUCACAUACACACGGGAAGGGCGACCAAGUGGAGAAGCAUUUGUAGAGUUCGAAUCAGAAGAAGAUCUUAAAAUUGCAGUGAAGAAAGAUCGUGAAACAAUGGGCCACCGUUAUGUAGAAGUAUUCAAAUCCAAUAGUGUUGAGAUGGACUGGGUUCUGAAGCACCCCGGACCGAACUGCCCGGACACAGGAGGGGACGGCCUGGUUAGGCUUCGUGGUCUGCCUUUUGGAUGCAGCAAGGAGGAAAUUGUCCAGUUUUUUGCAGGGUUGGAAAUCGUGCCAAAUGGGAUAACAUUGCCGGUGGACUUCCAGGGGAGGAGUACGGGGGAGGCCUUCGUGCAGUUUGCUUCACAGGAUAUAGCCAAAAAGGCUCUAAAGAAACACAAGGAAAGAAUAGGGCACAGGUAUAUAGAGAUCUUCAAGAGCAGCCGGGCGGAAGUGCGCACACAUUAUGAACCCCAGCGUAAGGUCAUGAGCAUGCAGAGACCGGGCCCCUAUGACAGGCCUGGAGGCGGCCGCGGCUACAACAGUAUGGGCAGAGGAGUCUCCUUUGAGAGAAUGAGACGUGGAGGCUAUGGUGGAGAUGGUCGUUAUGGAGACGGCAGCUCCUCCUUUCAGAGCACAACGGGACAUUGUGUGCACAUGAGAGGCCUUCCAUACAGAGCCACUGAAACUGACAUAUACAAUUUCUUCUCUCCACUGAACCCAGUGCGUGUUCACCUGGAGAUCGGCCCUGAUGGAAGAGUAACGGGCGAGGCGGAUGUAGAAUUUGCCACACAUGAGGACGCCGUGGCAGCCAUGUCAAAGGACAAAGCCAAUAUGCAACACCGUUAUGUGGAGCUGUUCCUAAACUCCACAUCAGGGGGCGGAAGUGGAGGAUACGGUGGCCAAAUGAUGGGCAGUAUGGGAAACCAGUCAUCAUACGGACACAGCAGCCAACAGAUGGGCUCUGGCUACAGCGGAGGUUAUGGUAAUCAGAGUGGCAUGGGGGGCUACAGUGACUACAGUGAGUGUCAGCUCUUCCGUAGCUCUGCUAGCCGGUUCCCUGCCAAAUCCUAUCGCCCUUGGACCCCUAGGGGUAGCUGUUUGUAAUGCCUGAUUAAAAAGCCUUUCGUGUUAUCCUGUUGUAGCUGAUGAGGUAAUCAGGGCGGAAUGGGGAGCGGUUACUACGGUGGAGGGAGCCGCGGGUCCAUGGGAAUGAACGGC